GAAGAAAAGGAUGAUUGAUGGGAAACAGACACCAGCCUUUAGACACUCACCCUCUUCCUUCGGAUACUGAUUUAUCAGUGUGUCCAGGCAUUCCCUGCAAGCCCUGAACACGGAGGAUCACUCAGGGUUAUCGACAGUGGAGCUGAAGACCUGCAACUUCACAAAUUAUUAUCUGCUCUUGGACAUCUUUUACAAGAAGCCCUGACAGAUAAGUUAUAAGACGAAGGACAAGUGCUGCAUGGCUGUGAAAGGCUGUCAUCGGGGCCUGGGUGGCUUUUACCAAAGUCUAACAUAGUGAAACAAACAUCCCAUCCUAAUGCUUCACGUUUGAGUUGGAACCUAUUUUAUAAAUAUAUACAUUAUAUGUACAUAUAAUCUCUAGACUGCACAUACGCCAGCACUGAGCAUCCUUACGAAGCGGACAUAAAAGGAUUUAGAAAUGUAUUUGUCAAGAUUCCUGUCACUUCACACCCUCUGGGUUACUGUAUCCUCCGUGAUGCAGCACUACCCUUCUGUGUGGGGACACUAUGACGUGUGUAAGACUCAGAUUUACACGGAAGAAGGAAAAGUAUGGGAUUACAUGGCCUGCCAGCCAGAAGCUAGAGACAUGAUCAAAUAUGUAAAAGUGACUCUGGAUCCCCCCGACAUAACAUGUGGAGAUCCUCCUGAGACUUUCUGUGCAAUGGGGAAUCCCUACAUGUGCAAUAAUGAAUGUGAUGCAAGUACCCAAGAACUGGCUCAUCCUCCAGAGCUGAUGUUCGAUCUGGAAGGAAGGCAUCCCUCCACAUUUUGGCAGUCCACAACUUGGAAGGACUAUCCGAAGCCUCUUCAUGUUAAUAUUACACUCUCCUGGAACAAAACCAUUGAGCUUACAGAUAACAUAGUCAUCACCUUUGAAUCUGGCCGUCCAGACCAAAUGAUCCUGGAGAAGUCACUCGACUAUGGACGAACGUGGCAGCCCUACCAAUACUAUGCCACGGACUGCUUAGAUGCUUUUCACAUGGAUCCAAAAUCAGUGAGGGAUUUAUCACAGCACACAGUCCUAGAAAUCAUUUGCACAGAGGAAUACUCUACUGGGUACAUGACAAAUAGCAAAAUAAUCCACUUUGAAAUCAAAGACAGAUUCGCUUUUUUUGCUGGACCUCGGCUUCAUAACAUGGCUUCUCUCUAUGGCCAGCUUGACACCACCAAGAAGUUAAGAGAUUUCUUUACCAUCACAGAUCUGAGGAUAAGACUGCUUAGGCCAGCAACUGGUGAAAUAUAUGUAGAUGAGCAACACCUGGCACGCUACUUUUAUGCAAUUUCAGACAUAAGGGUGUACGGAAGGUGUAAGUGCAACCUUCAUGCUACUGGCUGUAAAGAAGAAAACAAAAGACUACUUUGUGAAUGUGAGCAUAACACAACGGGCCCAGACUGUGGAAAAUGCAAGAAGAAUUAUCAGGGCCGACCGUGGAGCCCUGGUUCUUAUCUGCCUAUACCUAAGGGCACUGCUAAUAUCUGUAUACCCAGUAUUUCCAGUAUUGGUACGAACGUGUGUGACAAUGAGCUCCUGCACUGCCAGAACGGCGGGACCUGCAUCAACAACGUGCGGUGCCAGUGCCCGCCGGCCUACACGGGUAUCCUGUGCGAGAAGCUGCGCUGCGAGCGGGAGCCGGGCGGCUGCGGCGGCCGCAGCUCGGCCCCGGGGGCUGCGAGUGGAGACUGCUCACCUCUGACUCGAGACACGCCGGCAGCCGCCUGUUCUGUCAGAUCCAUCGGCUGCGGGACUGACAUGGCUUUGACAGCCCCCGGAAUGGAAGAGAACCACAACAGCAUUCGCUACUCCUCUCUGGUGCGCUCCUGUACCUCCGCCCGGCGUGCGGACUGA